GACCUGAGCGAGAUAGAGUGGUGAGGCGAAGAGGUAAGAUGAGUUUAAACAACGGUCACACUCUGACCACCAGUGGACAGGACUUGACCAGCAGCAGAGCUCCAUGGGAAGAUGCUCGGACAGUGUUGAAGCCCUCCACCCCCACCAGGAAACCUAAGCCACCCAAGCCGGAGAAUGCUAUCACCAUCGGUGUUUCUGCACGAGUCCUCUUCAACAUGGAGAAGGAGCAGCAGAUCUACGAGCAGCAGGGCAUGGAAGAGUACAUCAAGUAUCAGGUGGAGCAUGAAACGCAGCCUUUCAGCCCAGGACCUGCCUUCUCCUUUGUCAAGGCUCUGGAGGCUGUGAACACUCGACUGAGGGAGCUUUACCCUGAGAGCGAGGAGCUCUUUGAUGUUGUGCUCAUGACCAACAACCACGCAUACGUUGGCUUAAGACUCAUCAACACCAUCAAUCACCACCAGUUGUUCAUCGAGCGCUUCUGUAUGACAGGGGGUAACAGUCCCAUAGGCUACUUGAAGGCCUACCACACUAACCUUUACCUGUCCGCGGAUCCAGUCAAGGUUCGCGAAGCUCUGGAAGAAGGUAUCGCAGCAGCCACCAUGUUCACCCCAGAGAAGAUUACGGAGGUUUCGGAGACUCAGCUGCGCGUUGCAUUUGAUGGUGACGCAGUCCUUUUCUCUGAUGAAUCCGAGCGCAUUUACAAAGCCCAUGGACUGGACAAGUUCUUUGAGCAUGAGAAGGCACACGAGAACAAGCCUCUGGACCAUGGACCAUUGAAAGGUUUCCUGGAGGCUUUAGGAAAGCUGCAGAAGAAGUUUUAUGGCAAAGGCCAGCGCAUGGACUGCCCCAUCCGGACCUACUUGGUGACAGCUCGCAGCGCAGCCAGUUCUGGUACAAGAGCCCUAAAAACUCUGCGCUCAUGGGGCCUGGAGAUCGAUGAAGCUCUCUUUCUGGCGGGGGCACCCAAGGGCCCCAUGCUUGAGAAGAUAAGGCCUCACAUUUUCUUUGAUGACCAGAUGUUUCAUGUGGAGGGGGCGGCGGAAAUGGGGACAGUCGCGUGCCACGUGCCAUAUGGGAUAGCUCAGAGAUUUACCAAGAAAGGAGUUAAUGAGAUUUCUUCAGCACCCAAGUAGCCUGGACAUCACUGAGACUGAAGGGACAUUUAGUUUGGACUUUAAGCAGCUGAGGAUGAUAAUAUUUAAACCCAGUUGAUGCAAUAUGACUUUUGUUGUAUCAUAUAAUUAUGAGAUUAUGAAGCAAUGUAAUGUCAUUAUGACAUUAAUAUAAUAAUUUAUUUCAUUAUGGCAUUUGAGCUCAGAGGGUUAUUUUGUUCAUUAGUUGUUACAUUAUAGGUUAACCUUAAUGAACUGUUUAUAAGUUGUACCUGAUGACUUAAUAAGAAUAAUGUUUGAGUUGCUUGUAUAAAAAAAAGUAUUUUACUGAUUUUACUAUAUUGUCAUGUAUUUUGUGGAAAAGGGCUGCAGAUCAUAUAGACCAAACUAUUAAUAGAAUAUAAAAAAAUAUUUAUGGUUUGUUAUCAGUAGAGCCGCAUGAUAUGGUAUUUUUGAGGCUGAUGCCGAUACUGAUUUUAAAGGGGAAAAUUAAAAAAUAACUGGCAAGUUGGCCGAUAAAGUAACUUUUUGAGCUGGAAUGAAAAUAGAUGUGGACUAUGCACCAAUGUUUCACCUCUCUGCAAAGGUACCAAGAGAGCUACUUUCUCAAACAUAAAACUUUAUUAAAUAAUAUUUAACAAUGUUAUAUAUUAUUAUACAAACUGGCUGAUAAUAUCUGUCAACCCAAAUAUCUGCUGGGCUCUAAUUAUUAUUUCUAACUGCAUUACUAUAAAAUAGGGAGAUAAACACAGAUCAAAGAGAUUGUUCAAAUUCACAUUCUUAUUAAUGGCUUAUAAUUGUUUAUUCUUGACCAUUUAUACAUUCAUAAGUUACAACUUAUAAACCUUUUAUCAAGAUUGCCUUAUUAGAAAAGUGGUACUCAAGGCUAUUUGUGUAUAAAGUUUCCAUUUGCAGUAUAGGGAACCACAAACACCAGCAACCUCCUGUAUUAUUUCCUGAAUUUAUAUAUAUAUAUUUUACCUACAUGCAUAAACAUGUAUAACCCUUUAAAAGGACAGAAAAAAUGCCAAUCAAACUAAAGUGUAUUUAAAACCAUGCAAACCAAAUAUUAGAACUAUAAAACAAACUACAAAAUCUAAACAAUAUUUCUUAAGAUGCCAGGUUACUGAAG